AUGAAUGAAUAUAUUUCGAAGAAUGAUGCUGUGAUUCAGAGUCAAGCGGCAUCCUUGAGGAAUCUAGAAACUCAAUUGGGACAGCUUGCUAAUGAGCUAAGGAAUAGACCACAAGGCACCUUGCCUAGUGAUACUGAAAAUCCAAGGAGAGAUGGUAAAGAGCAAUGCAAGGCGAUCACUUUGAGGAAUGGUAAAAAUCUAGAAUUGACUGAGGAUAAUUGUAAGAGAAACAGCGAGCCCACUUCAAUCCAAAGUAGUGUGGACAAGGGAGACAAAACUGUGAAUUCGAAAAAUUCAAAUGGUGAUCCUGAAGCAAUUGCUGCAGCAAUUCCUCAGCAAAAUGCAACAGUGAAGCCAAUGAGCAAGCCACCUCCACCAUUUCCUCAAUGUUUUCAAAAGCAGCAACAAGAUGGUCAAUUCCGAAGAUUUUUGGAUGUUUUGAAGCAACUCCACAUCAACAUACCAUUGGUGGACGUUUUGGAACAAAUGCCUAAUUAUGUGAAGUUCUUGAAGGAUAUUUUGACAAAGAAGAGGAGGCUUGGUGAAUUUGAAACGGUUGCUUUGACUAAAUGUUGUAGUGCUAUACAGAAGAAUAAAAUUCCUCCAAAGUUGAAGUAUCCGGGCAGUUUCACAAUUCCAAUUUCUAUUGGGGGAUGA